AUCACUGCAAGUUUUUAUAGUGCUUUAAAAUGUGUUCCUCAAUCCAUAUGUCGUUGCAGCGGUGUUUUUACGACAGGUGACGCCACACGGGAAGACAUAGACCUUGGCAUGAAGCUAGGUUGCGGGUACCCGAUGGGUCCUCUAGAACUGGCUGACUAUACCGGCUUGGACACAAAGAAGGCUAUACUAACUGUCAUGGCGGAGGCGACAGGAGAUCCAGUGUUUAGACCGAUACCAUUGUUGGACAGACUGGUGGAAGAGGGGAAGUUUGGUAGGAAAAGUGGGGAGGGGAUUUAUAAAUAUGAUAAAUAGAGUGUCUAAGCUAUUUGUGUCGCUUAACUUUAAACUUGGGUAAAUCCAUUCUGCUUUAUGGUUGAAUAUAAUUAUAAAACAUGUAAUAUGAUCUGAAAGAUAAUCAACCUUAUAUUGAAAUUAAGCGAUACAUUUUUGCAGUGUAUUUAACAGAAUCAGUCGUCAUAAAAUUAUUUUUUCUAGUUGUAUAAGGUACAGCGGGGCAAAUCUACUUGGGGCAAAUGUAACUGGUCCAUUUUUUCCAUGAUUUACAAUGUUUGCAUUAUUAAAUAGAGUGUCCGCCGGUUAUACAUGGUAGGCGUGUUCAGUGGAUACAUGUAGAACUCAACAUCAUAGUGUAAUAAUGGAAAAAAUGGAUUACAAUUGCCCCCAGUCGAGAUUUUCCCCGAUGUACCUUACUUAUUGUCUUGCUUUGUUGCUUUAUUGUGUCUUUUUUCUAUCUGUUACUAUUAGCUAUUAGUAAUCUCGAAUUGUUAUUUUAAUAUUGUGAACAAAAUAAAUGCU